AUGAUAUAUCACAAAAAUUGUGAUGAUAUCAGCUCAAUCAUCUACAUUUUUGGUACAUUUGAUCCAGAUGAAAUUACCCUAUUUUUCCAGUGCUAUAUAUAUAAGUGGAUGACAGCUAAUCUGCUCAAUACCAAAUAUGUGUCUCUUUGUUUGGCUAUACUCUGUCUGAUAUAUCAAGUUAUGUCUAAUAUUAUGCACGAAGACAAUGUAUCUCUAUUCAAAGACUACUGGUAUUGUCUUGAUAAUUCUGAAAAACAUGUUUAUAUCAAUUUUAUGUCAAGUCUUCUCCGCCUUCAUUCCCGCUAUUAA